GUUUUCAGCUCCAAAAUGACCAAACUGCAGCUGCUGAACGCCUACCUGACGGAGCGGCUGACCGUGGUGGUGAAGGAGAUCCUGGAUGUGGUGGAGGACACGGUGACCGAGUACCGGGAGGAGGCCGCCAGGACCAAGCGGGAGAACGAGAGCCUGCGGAGGCAGCUGCGGGACAUCCUGCUGCUGGAGGCCGAGACCGAGUGGCUAAGGUCCACCAGGUCCGGUCUUGGUUUUGCGGUUUCUGAGCAGCAGUCCAGUGAUCCGGAGCUGAGGCCCUACUCAGAGGAGCCGGACUCCAUCCUGAACCAGCCCCCGGUGAACACAGCCAAGCAGACGCAUGAGCAGGUGGUCUCUGUGCAGCUGCUGUCCGUCCAGCAUGAGAGUCCUCCCAGGACGAUGCUCCUCCCGGAGGACGAGAAGCCUGCUGAGGCCUGGGAGCCGGCACUGAAGCCCGACCCUCAGCAGGAGGUGAUUAACAACGCUUCACCUCUUCCUUCUCUCUCUGCCCUGAGUCCUCCAUCUGCCUCCGCACCCAAAAUCCAUGUCGAGGUUCCAGUUCUCAGAGAGGAGCCGCAGGUUCCCGCUCUGAUCAAAACUGAGCCUGAGGAGUACAAAGUGAGUGAAGCUGAGAGUCACACAGAUCCUCUGACAGUGACCGCGCACACGCACAGCACACAGGAAGAGCCGAGCUUCAGAAACACCGGCGCAGACAGGACGGUGCUGGUGCGCGCGGAUCGACACAGAGCUCAGCGACACAAGAAGGCCUCUCACGCGAAGCUAACGCUCGUGGCGGAUGACAGCACGGCGGCUGGUUAUGCCCCCGAGCUCGUCCAUCGCUGCCCCCGCUGCGGCGAGGCAUUCGGCCAGGCCAGCAGCCUGCGCCUCCACCUGGAGCAGAAAAGGAAGACCUACGCCUGCGAGUGGUGCUGCAAAUCCUUCGCACAGUCCGCGGACCUGCGGCGCCACCUGCGCACGCACACAGGUGAGAGGCCGCACCGCUGCACCUUCUGCUCCAAGAGCUUCAGCCAGAGAGGAAACCUGAGGCGACACCUGAGGAUCCACACGGGGGAGCGGCCGUACAGCUGCCCGUACUGCUGCCGCACCUUCAGCGACGGAGACACCAUGAAGAAACACAAGCGCACACAUUCCGGGGAGAAGCCGUACCGCUGCGUGCAGUGCUCCAAGACCUUCACCAGCGCCAGCGGCCUGCAGAUUCACCUGAAGAAGGACAUGUGCUUUGUGGCUAACGCCUGAGCUCAGGAGAGAGAGCCUGCAGGGAGGGAGGGGUGGAUGCUGCUGAGGUCGCUCAGCAGAAACAUCACGCAGCAGGGGGUAGGAAACAUGUUUCCGCAGUGACCUUUUCAGUAGAGCUGAAAAAUGAUAGAUCAGUCAGUUGUAAUAUAAUCCUCAUGUUUUCAAAACUUAUCGACCACAGUUUGUGUCGGGUCCGUGGAGCUGGAAUCUGAGCGUCCCAGACCAGCAGCACAGGUACAGGUCACCUGCUGAACCGCGGCAGGCAGCUGGUGCUGUGCAGUGUUUUUCUCUGGGACAGGAUGGAGUCGUGCUUUAUUGGCAGCUACACAGUUGCACUGACUGACAUCAUCCAUGCCUUCAUAUUAAUUUAGCUAUUUAUUUAGAUUUUCACUUCAAAGCGAGAGACGGGGGUGGACAGUGGAGGGGACGGGGGCGGACAGUGGAGGGGGGACGGGGUCGCAGGACACGGCUGUGAUUUACUGAGGUACGCUAAGAGGACGCUGCUUCGUCCUUCAGUUUGGAUUAAAGCUGCAGCUGGACAAGUCUUUAAAAUCACAGAGACUCGUCCACAUUAGCCAGUUCUCACACACCAGGACCCAGACCAGGAAACAGUGAACCACUCAUCACAGAAUAAGGAAAAGAGUUGCCUGACUGGCACACGAUGAUGACACAGGAAUAAUUUCUGUUUGCUUCUUCAUCACUCGUCCUCAUUUGGACAGAUGGACACUCAUGGGUGUAUUUGUCAGAAGCUCUGUCUUCUUCUGUUUCUCCUCACAGACUCAGGUGGAUCCUCACUGCAGAGUUCAGACAGAAAUCUGUGUACAGCAUUUUAACACUGUUUGACAGCAGACAUCACCUGGUUCCAUCUUCUCAAAGCAUCAGUAGUCAUCACUUAAAUAAAUGAUAUCGUUCCUGUAAUACAUUUCACUGAGUUGUCAGUUUAUUAGGUACACCCUCACCUUUAAGCUGUGUAUGUGGAAUCAGCUGUUCCUGUGACAGCAGAGCCGUGGAAGCUUCUGACACUUUCCACUGCCGAACAUCUGCCGAACAUCUGUUUUAUUUAAAUUCAGACACUUUGGCGAUGCAAGAAAAAACUGAGCUCUUCACUGCAGCACCGUUUCUUUUCCUCAUGUUGCAUCACAGUUAUCACGUGGGGAGAGAAGUGAUUAUUGAUCCACUGCAUGUCUGUAUGGAUUUUGCAUUAACCAGGUCACUACAGAGCAGCUGCAUCGCCGCGUCUCUGAUUUCCUGCGUGAGCUCGAGUUUCUCCGCUGCGUGUAAACAUUUGUGGAACAGAGAAAACUGAAGAUCUGGUAAAUGCAGAGACUGGUCAGCAGGCAGAUUACGUUUCAGGGCUCAGAGGAUGACAUUCAUCAGACUCAAAGAGGUCAGUGGUGUACCUAAUAAAGCGGUAACUCAUUGUACUAUUGACAUAAUAACAUCAAAGUAAAGUCAAGCACAUGAUGGUG